CUCUGCGCCGCGGCGUGAGGCAGCGCCGCGCCCCCGCUGCCGGAGGAGCCGCUCCGCCGGCCCCGCGCUCCCGCCCCGGCGGCCCCGCCGGCAUGAUCUCCUGAGGGGCCGACCCGCCCCGCCGCCCAGCAUCUUCUGCAGCUGAGGCUCUGAAGUACUGGAGGACACUGCAUCUUCCUCAGGGACACGGACGAGGGGGAGCUGGGGCUUCUGGGGAGUCAGAAAAGAAUUGCAGUUGGUGGUCGCCUGAGGAACUUACCUUCACACCAAUGUUGCUCUGAAAGGAGUUCUGUCCAACAUUCAGGUUUGGUAAGAUGCCUCAGGAACAGUACGCACACCGCAACACCAUGCAGACCUCAGAAGGACCCCAGGUAUACAAAGUGGGGAUUUAUGGCUGGAGGAAGAGAUGCCUCUAUUUCUUUGUGCUGCUCCUAAUGAUUUUAAUCCUGGUGAACCUUGCUAUGACCAUCUGGAUUCUGAAGGUUAUGAACUUCACAAUUGAUGGAAUGGGGAACCUGAGAAUCACGGAAAAGGGUCUAAAGCUCGAAGGAGAUUCAGAAUUCUUGAAACCUCUCUACGCCAAAGAAAUCCGGUCAAGACCAGGCAACCCACUGUACUUCCAGUCUGCCAGGAACGUGACGGUGAACAUCCUCAAUGAGAAGACUAAAGUCCUCACUCGCCUUGUAACAGGUCCCCAAGCAGUGGAAGCACACAGCCAAAAAUUUGAGGUGAAAACCCUCUCUGGAAAAUUGCUGUUUUCUGCAGAUGACAACGAAGUGGUGGUUGGAGCAGAGAGACUGAGAGUUUUAGGAGCAGAAGGCACAGUGUUCCCUAAAUCUAUAGAAACUCCCAAUGUCAGGGCAGACCCCUUCAAGGAACUAAGGCUGGAGUCGCCGACGCGCGCGCUGGUGAUGGAGGCUCCGAAAGGCAUCGAGAUCAACGCGGAGGCCGGCAGCUUGAAAGCCACGUGCAGGACAGAGCUCAGGCUGGAAUCCAAAGAUGGAGAGAUAACGUUGAAUUCUGCAAAAAUCAAACUACCUAACUUGCCUCAAGGAUCUUCCUCUUCUGCAGGGUCCAGGCAAAAAAUCUACGAGCUCUGUGUGUGUCCCAAUGGGAGGUUAUUUCUGUCGCAGGCAGGCACUAGCUCGACCUGCCAGAUAAAUACAAGCGUCUGCCUUUGAGAGACAAUUUGCAGUGGGGCAUCGCAGGCAGCACAAAAGCCAGUUCUGGUCUCAGAUUGCAGCUGCCAACUAUUUUUACUAGAACACAGAAAGCCUAUCAAAGACUUUUUUUGUGUGUGCGCGCGCGUGUGUGUGAAUAUAUAUAUAAAAAUAUAUAUAUAAAAAUAUAUAUAUAUAUCCUCUGUGUAAAAUGAUGUUUCAGUACAAGGAAUCCCAGGGUGACCCUGUUACAUUUGUGUAGCAUUUCUCUUACUCACACCAAAAUUUACUGGUACAAUCUGCUGAAUUGGAAUUGAUGCUCCCCUGGCCCCUUCUGUAUUAAUAUAGUCCAAUGAUCACCCCUUGUUUUUGAUCAUGUUCUCAGAGCAAUGGGAUUGCUGGCUGGGCAAAACCCUGGAACCAACGUAGACCCACCAACAUGCAAAGGGAAGAGAAGCAUCUCUGAUUAUUUUCACACCGUUAAAUCGGUGGCAUGAAAAAAAAAAAAAAAAAGGAAAAAAAAUCCCCAACAAAAUAGCCAGGUUAAUCUGAGGUUAAAUUGCACUCUUUAAUUUUCACCUGAAGCAUGGCUCCCUGUUGGGACAGAGAGAUUGCACUUGGCUGGUAGAAAAGCCCAGAUCUUGCUGGAAUAAUCAUGUAUUUUUCAGAAGGGGUUUGAGCCUUACCUGUGCAUGGACAGGGGUGCCUUGUGCUAUUCAAAUGUGACACAUCAGCUCUAACCCUAACCUAAAGACAUCUUUGUGCUAACAAAACUGGCAUUGCAUUUAGUUCUUGGAGGGAAAAAAAAUUGCAAAAGUUGGACUAAAUAGAAAAAUCCUGAACCUCCCUAGUUAAGAGGUGUGCUGGAUCACCCCACACACUCUCCAUUAGCACCUUUCAUUUUGAAAAGGUUUGGUGUGAAGAUUUAAGAUUUGGACAUUGCCUAUCAAUGCCUAUAGAAAGAGAAAAUUACCUGUUCUACCCAUAGAACCUGAGAAAUUGAUACAAAUCAGGUGUGUAACGUAGAUGCUAUGCCAGAUUUUUUGUUAUCUUUCUUUCCAGGAUAUAUAGUCCAAGGUCACUUAGAUUUUCUGGAGACUGCAAAUAUCAGAGAUGCUGGCAAUGAAACAGACUUCUUUAAGCAUUUACAAAGAUUGUGACAAAGCCAGAUUGCUGGAAAGCAAGGGCUUUGGAUGCUGGUUCCUCUAGAAUUUGAGCCCCAAAAACUCUGUGGUUGAAUCUUUUCAUGGUUGCAUUUUUCCUUAUUUUAAAGUCUAGGAGUCACUACGGGCAGGUUAAAACAUGGAAUAUGAUCUGGUAACAUUACUUCCAUUGUUCAAGUUUUGAAAAACGAUGAGAAGAGCCCAGAUCAUUGAAUUCCAACCCAUAAUUGCAUCCACAUGCGUGUGAAAAUCCUUGACAAACAAAUAUACUAAUUACUGCAGAAGUAUCUGAGUCACAGUAAAUCUUACAAGGACAGCAAGGUUUCUAAGCCUCUGAGAUGCUUUUGAAAAUAUUACCUCACGUGCAAAUAUGACAGAUCUGUGCCCAUCCCUAGCGAUAGCUAAGCAAAGCUGGUAUUCUUCAAGCGAUCUUCAAGAUAAAACGUAGCUGACAGAAAUGUUUAGAAAUAAUAUGGCCCAUUCCUUUUUUACAGAUUUCCACGUAUUUUCUUGUGGUCUGGAGAGUACCAGGGUUUGAUUUUUAUUUUUUUUUUUCCCUUUAAACGAACAAUUCUGGCUUGAUCUAAAACCGACUGGACUCAAAGGAAAGAUUUCUGUGGAGUUUAGAUUAGAUGUGUUGCUGUCUAACAAAGCAGCACUCCUGCAAAAUUUAUUCCUGAAAGAGGUUUGAAUGAUCUGCUUUUAUUUCAGUAACACUUCCCAAUUAAUUAACAAAUUCAAACUAUUUGUUAAUGAAUGAUUCCUGUAAUUAUUAUGUCUUGAGUCAACGUCUGAAUGCAAAGGGUCACCCAGGAUAACAAUUGUAUUGGGACACAGGACUAUACCAUCUCUGUUCAAAGAGGGGAAUUGUGCCUAUGCCUUAAGUCAAUGCACUCAGCAAGGAGAAGCACAUCAUAUUUAUCUUGUUAUUAAAACUAGUUUAUUUGGGGGGAGGGACAGGAGGGUGUCUUGGGAACUGGUUGUGCAACUUAAAACAGAUAUUAAUGAAAUGCAUUAAGACUGUAGGGGCACCUAGAGUGAUACAAACUUUUUUUUUUUUUUUUUUUUUUUUUUUUUUACCAUGUUAAAUAUAGUGAAAUACUGUGUGCGUUACCUCUGGGACCACAACUGAAGUCCCAUUCGUAGUCCUACAUUUACUGUAGAAUUAUUUUUUUUUCCCCCUGUUUCAUUUAAUACGGAUCACAAACCUUACAGCAAGCACAGCCCAAUUCAUAAACAGAUCCGGCGUGAGCAGUUGUGCAGACACGUGCUGCAGGAAGAGCACCCUGCACAGAAAAUGAGCCGCGUUAACUUUCCCAUCCCCCAGAGCAUGGGUGCUGGGGAGGAAGGCAGGGGCUGACCCAGCAGGGAUGCUGCGUCCUGGUUCCCUUGCUCCACUCCCGCGGCACCGGCGGCUCAGUCCUAGCCCUGUACACCCUCUGCCGAGGAUUGCCAUCCCAACAAAUUAAUUGUGAGUGGCUGGUCUUCUCAGCUGGGCUCUCCGUGAGAUUAUCACCUUCUUGUGUCGCGAAAGCCAUGCCACCGCUUAAGGACAUCCCGCUAUUUAUUUUGGUGUGAAUUUCUAUGGGGGAGCUGUUAAGGAACAACCUCACACAGCUGUGCCAUCGCUGCAGACGCUUCUCUGAGGUGAGCAAAGGGUACCUUAAUUACAUCUACACAAAGCAAUUCGAGUUCCUUCAAUAUAUUAGACGAUCAUCUUUCCAUCUUUAAAAACAUAAAAUUAUAUGUUGUGUUGAAAGACAAGGAACGGCUGCUAGGAAGGUUGAACCCAUAUAGAGACUGGUAAAUCAUGUAAGUCCCACUGGAGUGUGAAGGCAGCGGUUUGGGUGAUGCUGCCUGCGCUUGUGGCUGCGUGAUUAGUCCCCUCCUGUUCGGUGAGUGGCAAACUGGAGCAAACGGGACUGCGUGUCUGGGAUGCCAGGGUAAAAAACAGGCGCUUCGUUUAAAAAGCAGCUUGCAAACACAGCCAGCUAUUUCACGCUUCUCAGCUUGUUGGUGGGGGCUGUUGUGGAGUGACUGACCCAUCGUGCUGGACGAGGCGAAUGCACGAGAGGGUCCCUUGUCCUCCUGCCUGGCCCAGAAGUCCCUCAUAGUUGCUGCACCUGUAUGGGUUGGUUUUCCCCGAGUCCAUUUAAAUCAAGCCUCCCUGGCUGGAAUUUCGUCCGUAGGCUCUCCCUGCCAUCGAUAAAAGGCCAAAAACGAACAAGGGUUUGUGUAUAUCUUUGUGACUCAGCCCUGCGGUUCAGUGCAACGGAGCACCUGCUGUCUGGGGAAGAUGGCGUUUCUCUCAAACUGGAGUUUGUUGUACCUCCCAGUGCUAAGGCAAGGCGGGGAAGGGACAGUGAAUUUGUUGCUGCUGAGCUCAGUGGAAGAGAUGCCGACAACCUCGUGGCCUGAGCUGGGACAGGAGCUGGACCAGUGACAAUUCAGGGCACCCUUGGGUGGCUGUGGGACCGAACCCCGGCUCGGCACCGUGUGCAGGUCUGCACUGCAGCCACCAGCACUGCAACCCCACAAUUAAUAAUUGCUAAUCAAGGGGCUGUGAUACUAAUGUCAAUAUACCUUAGACAACCAGGAAUACUGCAGCAUUCGUAACUGUGUUUAUGUAUUGUAACUCAACUUUAUAGGGUUUCGGGACCUUGUUAAAUUUGCUUUAAAUGCGACACUUUAGUAAGUGGUCGGGAAAAUGACUGUCAGCGCUCACCGGUACAGCAGCACCUUAUCCAUAGGUAGUGUGCAACCCUUCCGCCGUCAUAGGUGAGUUAGGAUGGAUUUUCUAAAGCAAAAAGAACUAAAACAAACAAAAAAAACCCUUUUGCCAUUAGUAAAAGCAGACACCCUAAUACUGACUAUACAACCAUAUCCAUUCUCUCAAGUUUCUUUGUGGGGUUAUUUGGGGGGAUUUUUUGGUUUAUUUUCUUCUUUUACACUUUUUGAAGCAUAUUACCCAGUAGUCGGUGAGGUGGGUAGCUUAAGAGUACAAAGAAAUGUACAAAGCAAUGGCAGUAGCUGCUAAAAUAUGUGUAAGGCCUCUCCUGCAUAUGCAUUUUUAGUAAACUGAGUCUGUGCAAGAGUGAUUUGGUUUUGGUUAUCUCAGUCACGUGCUGUCAAACAGCUGUAUUUUAAGAGGGUUUUCUUUUUUCCUUUAAUCAUAAAUAUCACAUUGCACAAACACAAAAAAAAUAAGGCAUAAGCCUAAAAAAUACUAUCUCCAAUAUACGGUAUAGAAAAAUGAUGUCUAAAUUAAAAAAGCACUCCCUAGAAAUUACUCCAAGGUUAAAAAGAGAUUCCUGUGGAACUUGUGAAGAUGUCAGGUUAGUUCACAUUGUACCUAGUUUGCAAAUACAAACGUUCUUAAAGGAAAUUAGCUUUUGUUGUCAUAAGAUGCACACACACGUAUGAAUAUAUAUAUAUAUACGCACACACGCUGACAUGCAGUUGUUUACAACAAAAGCCAAUUUUCUUUCUAUUUGUUUUUAUGGCUUUAAGUUUUACAUUGCAAAAGAGAGUGAGACAAAGACCAAAGACUUAACAGAAAUUCAUCCCUUCUCUGGUUGCCCUCACUCCUGAAAUGUGUUAACUUUAAUGGUGCUUUUUUUAAUUGGGCAGGAAAAAUACAGGUUUAUCAUAAAUUUGCAUUUGACAGAGUAAAGUGGCAGGAAGACUCUUAACUUUGUUAAUGGGUGAAAAGAGGAAAUCACCUGAAAUAUCUUUAAAUGUGUGCAGAGGGCGAGGUUACCUGAAAUUUGAAAUGGGAAGAAAUAGCCCAGAAAGCUAAAAGACAUUAUCCUGGGCUAGAAGUAUAAAUAAACUGAGUAAACGCUACCGGCUGUUCACUUACCUGCACUUGAGCAUCAGGAGAUCAGGAAUUCCAGUAGCUGCCCAGUGAGGAAGAGUAAUUGUGCCAUAAUGUUUUCAUUUUAAAAGUGCAUACAGUAAAAACAGAAAAGUUCAAGGCUGUGCUCUUUUUUCAUAUAUAUAUAUAUUUUUUUUUUUUUUUUUUUUUUUUUAUGAUUGACAUUUUAGAUUUUGAAAUGUCAUCAUCCAGAAUUCACCCCAGCAUGUGCAGGGCACAUUCCUGCGAAGCUUUGCCAAGCACUGGAUUGGUGUUUUUUGCAUGUGAAAACACCAGCCUUUUUAUUGCCGUUGCGGUCGAGGGACACAAUCCUGGCAGCAUUUCCCUUUUCCCCAUUUUGACCUUUUUCCUCCGUUCUGAAAUCGUUGUGUAGUAUUUGGGCAGCUAGUGUCCUGCCCCACAGGGGGCUGCAUGCAGGUGGCCACCAGCCCCAAAUCCCCAUUGUGGCACUUCUCAGUCUCGCAUACCCCCAAAACCUGCGUGUAGCUGUGGCACCAAGGUGAAACCGGGGACUUUUAGGUACGUUCUGCAUGGCAGUUGCUCUGUGUUCACAGCCGAUGCAGCCACGUUUAUGGCUGUGAGUGGAACAGGGUUAAGCACGUGGCACUGAUGAGAUUAUCCAAGCAGGAGCAGAGUGAAUUAAACAAGGCAGGUAGGGGGGAAAGGGAAGGAACAGCGAGAGACGUCACUCUAAUCACAGUAAUGCAGCCAACUUCUCUGUCUGUUUACACUAUAAUACUUUAAAUUAAUAACAUCCAUUUUCCUAAAUAUGGUAGCAAUUAUGCUUGAUCUUUCGUGGCACACAGUGGAAUUACUGUCAGUGAAACCACUUACGGCUUGGGCUGUUCAAGAUUGCUAGGGUGUUCUUUCCAUCCACAAUAACCACAGUGGCUUGGGGUUUGGAUGGAAAUUAUAGUGAAUAGCUUGUAUUUAGAAAGCUUUUAAGUCUGCUGUGGUUGAAAAGCCCACGGUUAUGUGCAUACAGCCCCGAGGCUUUAUAUUUCAGACUCUCUUAUCCUGCCACUUGAAUUGUAUUGUGCCCUUGUGAAAAGCGACACACUUGCUUUAUGCGGGAAAAGAUGGAUAUUCAAAGCUGCAGGAUUUUUAACCCAAGCAAAAAAGCAAAUAUAAUCAUAGUGCACAACAGAGAUUUCCCAUCCUAGUUAAUUUAAACUAGAGGUGCAAGUUCCUUAAAAAUUAAUUUGCUACAAGUGUUAAUUCCUGCAGGAAAGUUAGCUCUGGUGCCACUCCCAGGAGGUGUCUCACCUUACUACAGCUCGAAGCCAUGCGGUGGCCGGGAUUUUCUGUCGCCGUCGGUAAGGCUGGGCUGCCUGUUCGGAGGAAGCCAGAUUUCCUUUGAGGCAACUCAUCUCCAUGGAUGGAGCUUUUGUUAGUUUUUAGCCUGUAUUGAAAAACAGAAAGGGUACGUUUACUGUGAAGCGAUACGUAGUUGUAUGUUUGUCUCGAUUUAGUUGGUUGAGUCUUUCUGCCAGCAAGAGAAAGUAACAGGAAAAAUUUGUGUGAACGUGUUACAUUUACAUUGUGCCCUGCUACCAAGUGCUUCAGAUAAAAAAAUGCAGCCUUAGUGAAACAGUCUUUUCUUCUAAUAUUAAAAACGACUUUUUGGAGCUUUUCAGCAGGUCCUACCCAAAUGGAAAGUCUCACCAUUUCUAAUGUAUUUGCCGUUAGAGGAACAGGCCCGUUGCAAAGCAUAGGUCGUGUGCAUCUUUGCAUGUAGCAGGAACUUUGAAUUGCAUUGUACUCACACGUCUUUGCCUCAUUCAAAAGGCUUAACCGCCGAUAGGAGAUAAAGCGUUCCGAAGCCUCCUAUAAAUGCAUUAUCACUUUCUAAAGCAAUAUUGUUUCUUUGGUCUUUUAAAAAUUUCCUCAUGACAGAGUCCUUAAAGCAUCUUGAGGCAGGCUCACGCUGGAGAACAAAAGAAUAAUUAUUUGUGGGCGGUUCUAUUUUUAUCUAAGGCUGGAGUGUAGUUGAAAAAAUGUUGCUGUUUGAGUUUCUCCCACUUUUUGCUUAGCUGCAAACACCACCACCACCACCCCCAGCACUACGGCUAGAUUUCUCUAGGGCAGCUGCCUUACGAGCUGGGAGUUGCCUACUUUGCUAAACGAGAACCUGAUAAUUUUGUCUUCAUCUGGGUCCUCCUCUGGGCUUGUGCAUUCAGUGUCGGUGCUGUUAUUGAUAUAACAGAUAAUGAAACGCUUUGGCAGUAUUAAUGAUUUUAUAGAUGAUACGUAUCUGCAGUCUGAGUGGUACAAAUAGUGCCGGUAGCUCUUGGUUGCUGUUCUAACAAGCCUUUGACCACCUCGAAAGCAUCGGCAGUAACUCCAGAAGGCACAGCCAUGUGGCUGUUAAUGCCACCUCUGCUUUGUCCAUUAAUGUCUGUACAGCAUCCAGGGGGGUGCCACGGGGAUGGUACCCCGGUACCCUGCCUCUACUCGGGAAGCCUGUGGGCGGUUGGGAGGUGGUUUUGCCUUUUCUUGUUUAUCUCCAUCCUGUUGCCAGGGCCUGUGCACUAGAAAUAGCAGCAAGCCUGAUGCCUGCCUUGGGGGUCUGGCCUGGCGCGGUGCAGCAGGGCCAUUCACAGCAUGGGGGGGUGGCUCUGUAGCUGGAUUAAAUCAGGAGUUGGCUCCAUUUAACUUACUGGUAGCCUGCACCGCCUGAGGGUUUGGACUUAAAGGUUUAGCACUGCUAAGAGUCUGGCUGCCCCGUCUAAACUCCAGCCUGUGUGCUCCUGGGGCCAGCAUGGGACACGGGGCUCCUCGCGCCGCUGGGGUUUCCUUAUCCCAUGGGCGCAGAUGAAGAGCUGUGGCAAGUCUUCCCGUCAGCCACUGCCUGAAAACGGAGGCAUGUCCAUCCAGCUUCAUCCCUCGCCACCACCACGACCGUGCCGAGGUCAGGCGGUGAGCUGGUGGGUAACGUGUGAAGCAGAAGGUCCCGCUGGUGGCAGGGCAGGGCCACGCUGUCUGCGGAGCGGCUUCCACAGGGCUGGCACCGCCAGAGGAAUCCGCUUCCUUCUCCCCUUCCCUGCGUUAUCCCUGUGAGCACAGAAGUUAAGAUGGACAAAUGCUGCCCUAGCUCAGCAGAGUAAAAGCAUGCCAGAAACCUCGUUAAGUGCAGAUCUGAGCAAUUCUCACAUACUGUGUUUAUAGACAAAGGGCUCAGCUGGCAGCGUUCACACCCAGAUUCCUCCCUCCGUCAGAGCUUUUCCCGAGCUGCAACCCAGAUCUUGGUCUGGAUCUCUGGGAGCAGAGAAGGGAUCAACCCGCUGGAUCUGACACAGAUCCCUUUGGGGUUUGGUUUUGGGGUUUUUUGUGCCCACCCUUUAUUUGAAUUAGUUUCCUUGUGCAAAAAUGCCAAUAGAGUUGUCGAUACAAACCCAACGAAUGCUCUGUGUAGGUAGACCCAACAGCAAAACAACAUUCAGUGCGAGCUGAAGCAAAACCCCAUUCAUCCACAGCAGCAGCAUAAAAGGCAUGACCCAUACGCUAUAGCAGUUUUCAUCUGUGAUGGUAAAAUACCUUGUCUGACCUCUACUCUGAUAACCACCAAUGACCUUGAUCGUGUAAACAGGACAAACUGAAUUUAAAGUCUUAUCACAGUUCUCAUUAAGAAAUUCAGAUUUGUUUGGCUUUUUUCUUUUUAAUUUAUGUAUGUGUGUGGUUGUGUGGGAAAAUAUAAAGCUUUUUUGUAUCAAAUAACAUCAAUCCUUGCACACUCUAUGCAAAAUUUUGUAAGCAUUGCAAUAAUGCUAUGAAUUACACAAGGAACUAUUUUAACUUUAUUACACUUUCUGUAUAAAAAAAGUUUGUAUUUAAAUGAUUUCAACUGCAAUCUUGUAAAAUAUAUUAAUAAAAUAAUGAUUGUUAAGA